GCUCCUUCGCAGACGUGCCCGCUCCUGUGUGCAUCCCGGGUUAACCUGCAGCCCUCUUGCGCUCUGAGCCAUCUCUCCUUGGAUCAAGGUGAACCUGGGCUUUCAUCAGUCUGGCUGCUCACCUCAACGGGCAGUUGUGACAUUCCAGACGUCAGGGUGUGGGAGGCUGAUAGCGGAAUGGAUGUGUGCAUCUCGCAGUAAUGCUGCCGCUACUCCUUUGCAAUAUCUGCACAAGGACGGAUGUUUGAGGAAAAUAUACUUGAUCGAUCCAGGAUGGCCCCAAAGACUCCCAUUAAGAACGAUCCAGUUGACUUAUCAAAGCAGAAGGGCUGCACCCCGGACAGAAACCCAAUGACACCUGUUAAGCUCAUUGACAGACCUCAGGCUGACCCUUGGACCCCCACUGCUAACCUGAAGAUGCUCAUUAGUGCUGCUAGCCCUGAUAUGAGGGACAGGGAAAAGAAGAAAGAGCUCUUCAGGCCUAUAGAAAACAGUGAGCAGAAUGACAUACCUGACUCGUUACAGUAUGAUAUGGUAGAUGAUGGCACGGUUGAUGAAUUUGAAAAGCAAAGGCCCAGCAGAAAACAGAAAAGCUUAGGACUCUUGUGCCGGAAGUUUCUAGCUCGCUAUCCAAGUUAUCCAUUGUCAACAGAAAAAACUACAAUUUCUUUGGAUGAAGUGGCUUCAAUUCUUGGAGUCGGGAGGAGACGGAUUUAUGAUAUAGUGAAUGUGCUGGAGUCAUUGCACUUGGUUAGCCGUGUGGCCAAGAACCAGUACUGUUGGCACGGGCGGCACAACCUAAGUCAGACUCUGAAAACGCUUCAGGAAGCAGGGGAGCUGCAGUAUGGAGAGCUAGUGACCUCCCAGUACAAGGAACAGGACACAGAGUACAAAUCUGGAGAGCAGAAAAAGGAAGCGGUGGCAGACUCACAAGACAGAGCAUUACUUGACUUUGCAGAACCAGAUUGCACAUCCGCAUCUGCAAACAGCAGAAAGGACAAGUCCUUGCGGAUUAUGAGCCAAAAGUUUGUCAUGCUGUUCCUUGUCUCCAAGACCAAGAUAGUCACUCUGGACAUCGCAGCGAAGAUAUUGAUAGAAGAAAACCAGGAUACGGUGGACUACAGCAAGUUUAAAACAAAGGUACGAAGGCUGUAUGAUAUCGCCAAUGUUCUUACCAGCCUAUGCUUGAUAAAGAAAGUUCAUGUCACAGAGGAACGAGGCCGCAAGCCAGCUUUCAAAUGGAUUGGGCCUGUGGACUUCCCUGGCAAGACUGGUGAGCCAAGAGGGCACUGCCCAACAUCUGGUCCUCCAGCAGAGGCACGAAGAGGAGCCCGUGCCCCAUAUCAGAUCUGUGCUACGGGAAAACAGAGGUUCACACGUCAUGCUUCAUUUAACAGUGCACAGCCCUGUGAAGGUACCAAAAGGAAAGUCAGCUCUGAGCCCAGCAGCCCAAAUCGAGAGAGACAAGGUUGCAUUGUGAAUUCAGAUGAAUAUUGCUCAAAAACGAUAAAUCUAGCAUCUGUCUGCAGGCAGAAGAUAGAGGAAGAUGCUAGGAGCAAAGCUUGUACCACAGAAGCAGUACUCAAUGCAGCAAGGAACCCAAGUGUAACCUCACCUCUCUCCCUUCUUCCAGUUCCUGGGGACUCUGAUUUUUGUGCUAACCCUUUAUCUCAGGCAGUUUUCCCUGUGGUCCAGGCAGAUAUGCCAAGCCUUUUGCUGCCAAAAGGGGUCAGCAGCCAAGCUCUGCAUCCUUCCAGUGCAGCAGCCUCCAAGACAGAGAAUGGAAAACCUCCCUUACUCCCCAGCCAACCCUUCCUGUGUUUCCCCUCAUCAUCCUUUUUUAUGCUGUGCGGUGGUCUUCAGGAGAAUCUCUCAAGGGAGGGUGGGAGCACAGAGGAGAAGGCCUUGCCCCCGGAAGCCCAGGGUGCUGUACCUCCAGCUAAUUGCCACAAACGCAGCUCCCACAGGUGCACAUCACCCUCUGCUCCUACUGAUGAUGAAGAACCAGCUGCUAAAAAGCAGACUGUCGAACAGAGUGAUGUCCCUAUCUCACUUGUAGUACCCAAGAAGCCUGUUGAGUUGCCUAAGGCAGACACUGCUCCAGGAAGUGGCUGUGCAUCUGCUGUACAUCUAGAAGCUUUUCAUCUUGACCUCUCAAGUCCUGCUGCUCCAGAGACUGCAGACAAAAAGUCUACCAAGCCUUUGGAUUCUCAGGAGCAAGAAAAAUGGUCUCAGAAUAAAGACCCUGAUGAACCUUUUCCAGGAAAAGAUCACAUCUCUAAAGAAAACACCAAUCAGCCUUUUGUACCGCAGUAUCUUUAUGUUCAGCCUGCUGCUGGACUAAGCAGUUUUAAUUUCCUGUUCUCUGCAAACCAAGCUCCCGGUGCCAUCGGGCUGGCUGCAAGCCAGUUACCUUCUCUGAGCGUCCCCUGUGUCAUGGUGCCAUCAGCAGCCUUGGCUUCCUUUCCUCUCGUCUGUUCACCUGCAAUUCCCAGCCGUCUCUCUCCAGUUCCCAAUGGCUCCUCAGCUGCUGCCUCCAUGAAUAUCAGCAUGCCUGGCCUGGCAUCGACAGCGCCUGUUUUCAUAGGCACCACGGCAGUGGUUACUCCAAAUGCCUCACCCUCACCAUCAGUGGAUCCCCAGCAAACUGCUCACCCUGCUGCACAUCCGAGACCUGUGCUCGCAAGGUCCUGCAGUGCUGUUAAACUGGAUUCCCCUGUGUGUGUGGGGCAUCCAGUCACCCUUCUGAAACUGCAGCAGCCUUCAUCGACUCCUGUCACUCCCAAGAGCGUUCGUCCUGCACGUCACGAGGCAUUCUUCAAAACUCCUGGAAGUCUUGGAGAUCCUGGUGCAUGGAAAAAAAGUGAAGGCAACCAGACCAGAAAUGCCAGCUCUGUGCAGAGAAGACUAGAAAUCUCUAGUACCAGCACUGACUAACUCCAUGCAUUGCAAAGGUUGGGCAGAUUGUCCUAGGACACAGUAUUUGUUACAAGAGAACAAGCUCUUAAUCUGACAAGAAGAGCGUGUUGACAUGUCAUCCCUUUUGGCAUGCUUCCCCACUAUCCAUUCACCCACCAGUUCUGUUAACCUUCUCCACAAAUCAGACUUGGUAGUGAAAACCUUUUACUUAAUUGUUCCUUCAAUACUGAUCUGAAUUCAGAUGCUGUAGUUCACGUAACCUUGUGGGCAUCAAAUUUUAUUUGUGGUUUUAAUCUGGAAAACUCUUUAUCAAUGUGAGGAGAUGUAAAGAGAUCUCCUUGGAAUCCCCACGGGUUCUUUGCUUGUGGUUUUAAGUGAGACAUCUAGCACUUAUCUGGGGUAAGCAAUUUUUUAACAUGUCUGCUUACCCUGAGUAAAGCUGUGGUGAAAUUGAUGAGCUAAAACAAUCUGCCAAACCCUGUCGCCGCAGUACAGCCUCUUGCUAUUUAUUUGGUACAUUAGAGUGGGAGCUUCAGAGUAACAGAUUUUCUCAGGGUGGGAUUACUUGAAUGUCAGUCAAUUGUUGUACAAUUUGCCCAGCACUUGUGGUUAGGAAAACGAAUAACAACACCAUAUAAUUGAAUGUAUACAUUUGAAAAAUAUUAAGACCAAAAUAACUGUGAAUGUUAACAUUUUUAUAGUUAUGUCAAUGAACUGUGUUAUUCCUUGGGUUUCUUUCUCCUAAUCUGAGCAAAAGGUACAAAG